AUGACCGAAGCUGCUCAUCAAAUGACAUCCAAUGUGUUUUCAAAACGUAAGCCUGGUUCAGUAGGAAUUGGUCAAGGUGUUCGUAUCGCCAUUCUGGAUGAUAAAGGUAAGCCUACUGAGGAAGGCGAGGUAUGCAUAAAAGGGGCAAAUGUUACUCCAGGAUACAUUAAUAACCCCUCGGCCAAUAGCUCAUCGUUCACAAAGGAUGGCUGGUUUCGUACAGGAGAUCAGGGCAAGUUAGAUGACGAAGGAUAUUUGUUCCUGACGGGUCGAAUCAAGGAACUUAUAAAUCGCGGAGGAGAAAAAAUCUCUCCACUAGAAAUUGACUCGGUCCUCUUAUCACACCCUGCAGUAUCAGAAGCUGUUUCUUUUGCGGUUCCGGAUGAGAUCUAUGGUCAAGAGGUUCAUGCAGCGGUUGCACUCAAGCAUGAACAAAAGGUUACUGAGGAAGAUCUCAAAUCGUUUUGCGAGGAUAAAUUAGCCAAGUUCAAGAUACCGAAAAAAUUUUAUUUUGUCGUCACAAUGCCAAAGACAGCUACUGGAAAAAUUCAAAGAAAGAAUAUCAGCGAGUCUCUGUUUAAAGCCAAAUUGUAA